AUGUGGUCUUGGAUGGUAGCAGUGAGAUGUGUGAUUAUCCAAUCAAAUUCAUCAUCAUUCUACCUGAAAUUUGUCCCAACCCAUAAAGCAUAUGAGAGAAGUCCCCUCUUAUUUAGUUCUGCUAGAAGGACCUAUGCAAUAUUGAGCACAGGUCUGUACUGGAUGUCCAUCAAGUACUUGACUGAAUAUGAACAGUCAGUGGAUGCUCUAUAUGCAAAGCUAUCACUUGGAUCUGUAACAAGCUGGAUAGGUGGUCCUCCUGUAAUUCUAGGCAGGAGCCUAGUAAAGCCUGCAGCACCAUUGAGGAUACCUAGUCAUAUAGCUAUACAUGCACAAGCCAAGUGCAUCAAAAACCCCAUUGGACUAGGACUAUCAGAAACACAGGGCCAUGUGCAUACAAGCAAGGUCAAAAGAGUAUCUCUGAGUGUGGCUGGCAAUAUCAACCUCAUUUGGCCAGCUUAUGUGCAACUCUUCUGCACUAUCCUGGCAAAACCUGAGCCUUCCACUAUUGAUUUGAAUAAUUUCUGUUCCAUCAGCCAGAAGUACACCUGGGAUGAGGGAGCCUUGAAGAUCUGGCAGGCCAAGGAGAUCCCUGGUGAUAACACAGUUCCAGGGGUGCUCAUUACUAAUGAAAUAAGUAUUGGCAAGACUGCCUUGGUGAUGGGCACCAUUGUCUUUACCACUGAUGUAUACUGGAUGUGCAAGGCUCCCAUCCUGAGUAAGUCUUAUGAUUCACAAUGGAUCCCAUUUGGAGCUGGGACAGGACCUUGGGCAAAUUCAAUGAUGUCUCACAUUUAUCAAAUCAUUCUCAUCACAUACUCAAUCUUCACUAUGCAGGGCAAAGUAUUUAACAUUUAUAAGGAAAAAGCUAACCACAACAGCAAAGAGUAUAAGCAACACUUUGUUAUCUGUGUCCUCAACAAAGCUCAUGACUCCUGUAAUCAAAAUUCUGGUUGGUAUGCUAUGCUCAAGGUCAUGAAGGCCACUCACCUUCAGCUGAUUUCCACUGCCACUCUUUUAUUCACCAGCCUUAAGGAUUUAUGCAAUAUUGCCUAUCUGCUAUGCAUCCAAUACUUCAUUAGCUCUCUUGGUGAUAAGAGGGAGGACUCUGAGUGGAAUAAAGAAGAUAAAGAGCUUACUGCAUCUCAUACAAUUAAACAACUCACUAGCUCUAAGAGUAAAUAUGAAAAGCCAGCAUCCAAGAUUUGUGUGCAGGAGCUAAUAACUAGUUUGAUCUCUAACAUCAAGGCUGGAUUUGAAGGAUGUGUCAUUUGCAAGAAGAUCAACAACACCUUGCCUCUGUACAAAAUGAUCAUUGUUCCUAUGCAUAUGAAUAAUGAAGAGCUCCAGGUCAUCAAUAUGGGCAUGAAAUCUUUGGCUGGGGCAAGUUGGAUGCAAAAGAUCUUGAUUCUCAUGUUGCACAAUAUCUCAGUGCUUAUGCUCAAUGGCUCACAUACCACUGAUGAGUACAAUGAAAUCAUUCACAAGUUUAACACUGAUCCAGAGGAGUGUAUCCUGCUGUGUCCUUACUAUUGGGGUGUACUUGGCAUCAUCAAUGUGCUCAUGGUGAACCAUAGUGAAGGCAAAGGCAUAAUUCUGGGUCAGUUCUUAGACAAAAAUAAAGAAAAUAUCAGAGAUAGUGAUGAUGAAGAUGAUGAAGAUGAGAUCAAAAUCCAAGAUGGCCUUCCUUGUAGGAGUCAACCCACAUCCUCUGCCUUUGCAUCUGCUACUGGUUUCUUGCAUAAGUUAGCAUCUACAGGCACAAAGUACAAAGCUGUCAGGAUCUAUGGCAGCAAGAACCAGGUUCAAAAUAUACAAAGGACUGGUGUUGACAAUAGAAACAUCUUUAUCAGUUCAUUCAUUGCAAUUAAUAAAGAUCUCAUUGUAAUUAAUGAUGACCUCAUCAAUCCUAAUCCUGAUAACAUUGAGGAUGCCAAUGAGCAGAAUGUGAAUGCAAAUGCUGUGCCUUCACAAAGACAGCAGAAGUAUGAGAAUGACAGCAUCCCUGCUGACAAUGAUAACAUACCAGAGCCUGAUCUCAUCAUUACUGGCUACCAGAGAGCACUGUCCAUCCCUGCUAACAAUAAUAAUGCAUCUGAGCCUAACCUUAUCAUCAAUGACUCCCAGAGAGAGCUAUCCAUUCCUUCACUUCUUUCCCUCAAUAAUGCCACACAAGGUCUUCCCAACAAUGGGGACUAUGUUUAUUUUUACUAUACUAAAAGUGAUAAGGUGAGUGAAGAGGAGUUUCUGAUAGUCAGCUGUGGACCUGCAAUAAGGGUGAUGUACCACUUUAAAGAAGUGAAAGUGUUGGUAAGGAAGUAA